UGUACUUAAAGGCCCAUUUCCAGCUUGCAAGAAGCGAAAGUAAAUAGGAAUUUAUUGCAACCAAAAUACUCUGAAACUGGUUGAUUGUACAGUAAUUACGUUUUUUCAUUCUGAACACACAUGAUGUUUGUCGCGACAGAAUGCACCCAAACGUCUUUCAAAGACUUUACCCUGAUUAUGGUGAGUUAACUGACAUGCUGCCUCUGUAUUUAUGCUCUAUCAUUGUGUCUCAUUGGUUUCAACGUGCGCUGCAUGCUGCUACUACAAUGUCUAUUCUACUGUAUUGUAUCUAACCAGAUGUCACAUUAUGUCUGUCUACAGCCAGCAAUCUCUGUUGGAAAUGUGGGGCAGCUCGCAGUGGACCUGAUUGUUUCUACGCUCAACAUGUGUCGAGUCGGAUACAUCCACACUGACUGUCUCAUCCCUAUGGCAGGGAACAACCCUUAUGCUACAUUCGCUGAGAACGCCAACGACCUCAGUACCAAUGCAGAAGGUACACUAAAUAUACAAAACAGUGGAGGCUGGUGGGAGGAGCUAUAGGAGGACAGGCUCAUUGUAAUGGAAUAAAUGGAACAAUAUCAAAGAUAUCAUAAAUAUGGAAACCAGAUGUUUGACUCUGUUCCAUUGAUUCUAUUCCAGCCAUAACAACAAUGAGCCUGGCCUCCUAUAGCUCCUCCCACCAGCCUCCACUGAUACAAAAGUAUGUGGACACCCCUUCAAAUUAGUGGAUUCGGCUAUUUCAGCCACACCCGUUACUGACAGACGUAUAAAAUCUAGCACACAGCCAUGCAAUCUCCAUAGACAAACAUUGGCAGUAGAAUGGCCCGUACUGAAGAGCUCAGUGACUUUCAACCUGGCACCUUCAUAGGAUGCCACCUUUCCAACUAGUCAGUUCGUCAAAUUUCUGCCCUGCUAGAUCUUCCCUGGUCAACUGUAAUUGCUGUUAUUGUGAAGUGGAAACAUCUAGGAGCAACAACGGCUCAACCGCGAAGUGGUAGGCCACACAAGAUCACAGAACGGGACCGCUGAGUGCUGAAGCACGUAGCACAUAAAAAUCGCCUGUCCUCGGUUGCAACACUCACUACCGAGUUCCAAACUGCCUCUGGAAGCAACGUCAGCGCAAGAACUGUUCAUCAGUAGUUUCAUGAAAUGGGUUUCCAUGGCCGAGCAGCCGCACACAAGCCUAAGAUCACCAUGUGCAAUGCCAAGCGUCGGCUGGAGUGGUGUAAAGCUCGCCGCCAUUAGACUCUGGAGCAGUGGAAACGCGUUCUCUGGAGUGAUGAAUCACGCGUCACCAUCUGGCAGUCCAACAGACGAAUCUGAUUUGGCGGAUGACAGGAGAGUGCUACCUGCCCCAAUGCAUAGUGUCAACUGUAAAGUUUGGUGGAGGAGGAAUAAUGGUCUGGGGCUGUUUUUCAUGGUUCGGGCUAGGCCCCUUAGUUCCGGUGAAGGCAAAUCUUAACGCUACAGCAUACAAUGACAUUCUAGACAAUUCUGUGCUUCCAACUUUGUGGCAACAGUUUGGGGAAGGCCCUUUCCUGUUUCAGCAUGACAAUGCCCCCGUGCACAAAGCGAGGUCCAUACAGAAAUGUUUUCUCGACAUUGGUGUGGAAUAACUUGGCUGGCCUGCACAGAGCCCUGACCUCAACCCCAUUGAACACCUUUGGGAUGAAUUGGAACGCCGACUGCGAGCCAGGCUUAAUCGCCCAACAUCAGUGCCCGACCUUACUAAUGCUCCUGUGGCUGAAUGGAAGCAAGUCCCCGUAGCAAUGUUCCAACAUCUAGUGGAAAGCCUUCCCAGAAGAGUGGAGGCUGUUAUAGCAGCAAAGGGGGGACCAAUUCCAUAUUAAUGCCCAUGAUUUUGGAAUGAGAUGUUUGACGAGCAGGUGUCCACAUACUUUUGGUCGUGUAGUGUAUGUAGGGAGUGAAAUAGGGUAGCUGUCUAUGUAACAAACUGAAAUGUUAAUGAUCAUAAUAGUCAAUAGUCAAUAGUCAUCGCUGCAGUCACAUUGACAUGGAAUAUGAUUCUCUCCUCUCUUGAACAGUGUACUCUUCUCCAGAGUUGAGGUUGGCAGUUCUUCAGAUCAGAACCCCAAUCAUCCAGGUAACGUAACAGAGGUCAGCUUCAUUUAACCCAUUCUAUGUGAAAGAGUUAAUAUACCAUAAGCCUUAAAGGGGAAGCUCUUCUGGGCCUUUAACACUUACCUGGCUGUUUGUCAGGACCCCAGACAGUUUUUAGGUUCAUUGUUUGACUAUUUACAUCUGUUUUUUUAUAUCAAAAUGCUGAAUUUCUGAAAUUACCUCAAAUGCAUUAAAAACAGUGUAUUUAUUGUUACAUAAAUAACGAUUGGUGUCUCAGCAUUGAAUUGCCAAAUAAAUGUGUUUAUGUAUAAAAAACAAAGACCUACUUCGUGUGCAAAUGUCUUCCAUAUAAAUCUGGUAAAAACUCUCCUUCAUGGUUCUAAAAUGGAUAAUUACAGGAGGCGAGACGAAGGAGCGUCUUACUAUUGGUCUUCAAGAAAGGAAAUCAGAACGAAAGGAAGUAAACAAAGAUGGUAGCUAGCCAGGCUAGCAGUUAGUAGUCUCUGAAGUAAACAAAGAUGGUAGCUAGCUAGGCUAGCGGUUAGUAGUCUCUGAAGUAAACAAAGAUGGUAGCUAGCUAGGCUAGCGGUUAGUAGUCUCUGAAGUAAACAAAGAUGGUAGCUAGCUAGGCUACCGGUUAGUAGUCUCUGAAGUAAACAAAGAUGGUAGCUAGCUAGGCUAGCGGUUAGUAGUCUCUGAAGUAAACAAAGAUGGUAGCUAGCGGUUAGUAGUCUCUGAAGUAAACAAAGAUGGUAGCUAGCUAGGCUAGCGGUUAGUAGUCUCUGAAGUAAACAAAGAUGGUAGCUAGCUAGGCUAGCGGUUAGUAAUCUCUGAAGCAAGGCUAAUAAUGUUAGUCGUAGAGUAGCUGAGCGAUGUUGGCCAAAAUAAAGUGCAUUAAUGUUCCGCUCUGAUACAAAUACACUACACAUUUCCACUCUUUUCCUGACCGCUAUGGCGCUUUGUGUUAGGCAUGGCUGCAGGCCGUCCCACAUCCUGCUUAUGGUGUCGAUACGACGCCUGAAGUCACCCACAGCCUAUUAUGUUUGUUCUGGUUGGUACGUUGUAAAGGAGGGUGGUCACGUGUAUUUGUGAUUAGAGAACCACUGGUUGGAGCCCAGUAAAGGACCCUACGCAAACAGAGCAACGGAGUGUCGUAUACUGACCGCUCCAAAAUUGGAGCCCCACUAAAGUAGAAACAACGCUGCGUAAAGUGUGUAGCAACCUUAAGGGGACGGUGGAGGACGAGAAGCUGUUAGUUCACUGACGUUGGUUUCACAUGGAUAUGGUUAUGCUGUCCAAAUCAGGGUUUUUAACUUGGGAGAGGAACAGUGCAUUUUUUACUAUCAUAUAAAUCAAAGGUCCUUUCUGUUGCAGACAAAGUCCAAGAAGUUCUGUAAGCUGAUGGUGUCUUGGAUCAAAGCCAGUGGUUUCUCCAGAACUGUACUGCUGUCCAGCAGUCAUGCUUACCAGAGGGAUGAUCAACAGCUACUGGGGUAUAGAACAACUAGCUACCUUUUUUAUAUGGACAGAAUUACUCUAUUCAACUAGUAUUUUUUACAUUCCAUUUGUCACAUGAAUAUCUUGAGUGCGUGGCAGAGAGCUCUGACUGACAAAUCCUACAUAAAAUAUAUAAAAAGUAUUUGGAUAUCAUUGUCCGACAUGAUGAAACCCUUGCUGGCAGCUCUCCGCUGCGUUACCUGCAGACUCCAUCCAUGCAGAAGGUGACUGGGGACAGGCUGAAGGAGAUGGAGUGGCGGGAGAUGGAGACAGUAUCUGCCUUCCCUGGAGUUACUGACUCAGAGCAGCGCCUCUAUAUACCUGGAGGGGGCGCCACUAAAGGCCUCUUCACUGACAGGUACAGAACAGACCGAGGGGAAUGUAGGUAGAAGUCACCUCUGAACACUGAUACGGGAUCAGAUUUGUUUUUACCCCUAUGAUGGUUAUGGUUAGGAGUAGGGGUAAGGGUGAUCUGAUUCUAGGUCUGUGGUUAGGGGGACAACUUCUCUUCUAUCUUGAAAAACAGGGGAUGGGAUAGUGGGUGGUGAUGACUUCACAAUCAUAGACAUUACUCAACUGGCUGUAUCAUCUUCACACAUGCACUGUGGAACUCUGAACACUAAAUCUGAUGUAGAGGAAUAUGCUUACCCUGCGCAAAAAGUUAACUUAAAGGUGCACUAUGCAGAAAUUGCUCCGCCAUUUUCUGGUUGCUAAAAUUCUAAUAGUUCACCUAAUUUCCCUUUGUGACUAAACAGGCAGGUACAGUGGAGAGAACCAUUGGACCAUCUAAACUGCUGUGAAAUAUAUUUUCCAUAACCAAAAAUAUUGUAUUUUUCGGAUGUUUGAAGCUGGUGUACCAAACAGAAAGUUAAGAGGCAAAAACUAAACCUAAGAAUGGGAAGUAUAGAAAUAGCGCACAUAGAACAUAUUUAUAGCUUCUUAGACUUGCUUUUAAUGAGUAUGACAGAUCUAUAACUCAUAUUUCUAUGUGAAUUUGGUCAGGUCGCCCAAAAAGUAACAUAUUGCAGCUUUAAGGUUUUUUCCAUGUUGUCUCUGUGUUCCAGCUGUGCUGAGGACAUUCCUAUGGCGGUGGUGCUGAUCUUCUGCUCUGAAGGAGACAACAUCCCAGACGCCUUCACUCUCCUCAACCACCUCAACACCUGGCUCCACCUAGUGGACGCACCUGUAAGUGCUACUGUAUGAACACAGCCAUAUGAUGUUAUGGUUGCUUGUGUAUGUAUUUACAUUUGAGUUAUUUAGCAGACGCUCUUAUCCAGAGCAACUUAGUCAGUGCAUUCAACUAUGUUCAGUAGGGAAAAAGAAGUACGUCACAUCGGCACAAUAUAUAUUAAAAAAUAUGUAUAUAUAUUUUUUGUGACGUGCCGAAUACAACCGGUGUAGACCUUACUGUGAAAUGCUUACUUAUGAGCCCUUAACCAACAAUGCAGAGUUUUAAAAAAGUAAAGGAAAAAUAGUACCACAAUAAAAUAACAAUAACGAGGCUAUAUACAAGGGGGAACCAGUACCGAGUCAAUGUGCAGGGGUAUGGGGUAGUCGAGGUAAUUGAGGUAAUAUGUACAUGUAGGUAGAGUUAUUAAAGUGACUAUGCAUAGAUAAUAAACAGAGUAGCAGCAGUGUACGGUAUGUGUGUGUGGCGUCAAUAUGCAUACAGGGAAAUUCUUGAGGGAAACCUGUUUUCGUUCUUCCAGAGAUUUGAGACUUGGACGGAGGUUCACCUUCCAGCAGGACAAUGACCCUAAGCAUACUUCUAAAGCAACACUCGAGUAGUUUAAGGGGAAACAUUUAAAUGUCUUGGAAUGGCCUAGUCAAAGCCCAGACCUCAAUCCAAUUGAGAAUCUGUGGUAUGACUUAAAGAUUGCUGUACACCAGCGGAACCCAUCCAACUUGAAGGAGCUGGAGCUGUUUUGCCUUUGAAGAAUGGGCAAAAAUCCCAGUGGCUAGAUGUGCCAAGCUUAUAGAGACAUACCCCAAGAGACUUGCAGCUGUAAUUGCUGCAAAAGGUGGCUCUACAAAGUAUUUUAUUGAGUUUGGGGGGGUGAAUAGUUAUGCACGCUUUUAUUUCUUGUUUGUUUCACCAAAAAUAUUUUGCAUCUUCAAAGUGGUAGGCAUGUUGUGUAAAUCAAAUGAUACAAACCCCCAAAAAAUCUAUUUUAAUUCCAGGUUGUAAGGCAACGAAAUUGGAAAAAUGCGAAGGGGGGUGAAUACUUUCGCAAGCCACUGUAUAUACGUACGGUCACUGUGGGGACGAGGUCGUCAAUGCACUUAUUAAUGAAGCCGGUGACAGAUGUGGUGUACUCCUCAAUACUUACGUAUUGAGCGCGUCACUGGUACUUCCUGUUUUGAGUUUUUGCUUGUAAGCAGGAAUCAGGAGGAUAGAGCUAUGGUGAGGGAGAGCUUUGUACGUUUCUCUGUGUGGAGGUAAUCGACAUUCUUUAAUUUUUUCUCUAGUUGCCUAGGUGACAUGCUGGUAAAAAUGAGGUAGAACACAUUUCAGUUUCCCUGAAUUAAAAUCCCCAGCCACUAGGAGCGCCGCAUCUGGGUGAGCAUUUCCUGUUUGCUUAUGGCCCUAUACAGCUUGUUGGUGGUAGAUAGACAGCUACGAAGAAUAUAGACUGUCUUAGUAGAUAGUGGGUCUACAGCUUAUCAUGAGAUACUCUACCUCAGGCGAGCAAAACCUCAAGACUUCCUUAGUAGUAGACCGUGCACCAGUUGUUGUUGACAGAGAAACACACCACCCCCACCCUGAUCUUACCGGAGGCUGCUGUUCUGUUUUGCCGAUGCACGGAAAAACCAGCUAAUUGUAUAUUCUCCAUGUCCUUGUUCAGCCAUGACUCUGUGAAACACAGGAUCUCAGUUUUUAAUGUCCUGUUGAUACAUGGCUAUUCCAUCCUUUAUAGGCCCAGACGCAGCCAAAGUGGAGGAUACCAGCGUCAUGGAGGCUUCUCUUUGGCAGUGGCAUCCCCCCUGCUCUC